AUGGGCUGUAUCGAAACCCUCACCCUGCUGGUGGAGCACGGCGCCGACAUCAACGCCUCCAUCCUGACGCACCCCACCACCUUCCCUGCCGUCUACAUGUUCUCUAUGAAGUACCUGAGCCUGUUCAAGUACCUGCUGGACAACGGAGGCCAUGCCCUCUCCUGCUUUGACUGUUUCUAUGGCAACAAACCUCAUCCACCAAUCAGAACCACCCGAUCACAGACCCAAGAGAUGAUCUACAGUGACAGAGGUCUGCCACAGCCACAGGGGACGAGAGGUGUUCAGUUUUGCGAGAUGAUCUCAGCCCCCAAUAUCUCCCGGUGGGCAGGGCCAAUCAUUGACGUCCUGUUGGACUACGUUGGUAAUGUGACUCUCUGCUCCAAACUGAUGGAACACCUGGACAGUUACCCUGACUGGAGUGGCAUCAAGGAAAAAGCAGCACCUCCGCGGCCAUUAAUCCAGCUCUGUCGGCUUGAGAUUCGUCAGCUGGUCGGGCGUCGUGGGCUGAAGAGGUUGCCGUUGCCAGGAGGUCUGAUCCGCUUCCUGUCACACGACUAUGGAACUGUGGACGAGCCCUGAACAACAUGAGACUUUAAACCAGUUUGUUACGUCAACUCAAGAGAAAGAAGAAUUAGCUUUUUAUCACUUCUGAUUGCUCUCAGCUGCUUUCUGUUAGAUAUCAAGCGCUAAGAGCAAUGAACAAUAUGUUAGUUAUUGAAGGCUGGGCUGGAAGUUUUUAUAAAGAGAGAACAAUAUUUGGACUGUUUUAAUGAAAUUCCUUGUGUAUCGAUUAUUUUUUCUUAUUUUUACGCUGUUUUCAUAGAUAGUGUGUGCAUUUUUCUGAGUUUCUAAUGUGUUCAUGUCAAACUGUUUUUUAGACUUAAGAAACAUUUGACAACUUUUAAAUUCUCAGAGAAGAAAACACUCAGAAGAAGAAUCAAUAAAAUGCAGAGAAUAAAUGAUUGUCUGCGCAUGUGAGGGUUUUCUGAUUAACUAUCAUAAUGGCACCUUUGUCAGAAACUUCAAACAUUCGGCUGAGAAGCUGAUCUAAAUGACUUUCAAUAGUGAGAAGCUGAAUCAGUAUAUACAGUAUAGACAGAUUUCACUGUGCAGUGAAAAGCUAUCUGGCACGUGAACAGACAAAAACAUUUGAACAGGUAAACAGAGACGUGAUGAAAGGUGAGCAGGUGAGCAGGUUAUAAAUAGUAAUGGGGGUCGGGGAUUUGUUGACACACUCUAUGAUAUUGUUCUGACCAGCAUAUCUUCCAGAUGUCACUGGACUGAAACUUCAUUCCUGCUAUCCAGAAAUCUUCCACAGGGGAACCAGUCCCAAAGAUCACUAAUCCUAAGAAACUUAAUAAUUUUAGACCGGUUGCACUAACAUCAGUCGUUAUGAAAACCUUAGAAAAGGGCAGGACACUAAACCCCAAACUGCUCCUGCUGAGAGAGGGUCCUUGUUGUGGAUCCCAGAAUGCAUCAGCGAUGGAUGAUAACUGUUCUCAUUAGAUUGCCCGACAUAAUCUGUUCUGAGCCCAAACGCCUCAGCAGAAGUUUUAAUACAAAUGGCGGGUCACUGGUCGGUGCUAAAGGGUUGACGUUAAGGCGAAACUAACAAAAUAUAU